AUGGCGACGUCUCUUCUCAAGCUGGAGGCUCAAGCGGAAGAACAGGCAGAGAGCCCGCAGUGUCUUGCCCUGAAGGAUGCUUUGGCUGCCGCGCGCAAAGUCGUCAAGGCCCAGGAAGAUCCAGCUCUUAGUCAAGACGACAAGAAGCAGGAACUCCAGGCGACAUACGAUCGCGCCUGGGCACAACUCCAUGCUGGCAAUCGUGGCGCUGACGUGCAACCGUGGCGUGAGGUGCUUGCCAUCGCAUCCUUGCUGCGCGGCCAAAUGGAGACGGAGAAGCCAGGUGAAGCGCUCCGGCUCGUUGACCUGGGCCUCAUCCUCGGCGGCCCCGAGAGCGGCGCCGCCCCGGCCCUGUUUUCCCUGGCAGAGCGGCUGGCAGCAGAGCUAGCAGAAGAUGAUGAUGCAGACGGCCGUGAUGCGAAGAGGGCCCGCACAGAGCCUACUCCAGGAGCUUUGCUGGCGGAGCAUUUCGCGGAACUGCCACACAUCCGAUGCCCGCCGGAGGAGGUGGCUGCACAUCGGACACUUGGCUUAGAGCACUUCCUCGUGAAGCACUUGGGACCACGAAGUCCGCUGGUUUGGCGAGGUGGAUGUGGCCACUGGCCAGCGACGAGGAAGUGGCCGCAAGUGGAGUUCUGGACUUCGGGCUCCCUAGGCCAACGAUGGGUGCCAGUGGAGAUGGACUACUGGCUCGAAGAGGGCUUCCAGCUGAUGCAGCUGAACGCCUUUGCCAAGCUCUGCAAAGAGGCCGAGCGCAGGCCUGUGCCCAAAGCGGGCCUUUCAGGAGGAGGCUACCUGGCGCAGCAUGCUUUGUUUGAGCAGCUGCCACAGCUCGAGGCAGACAUCCUCACGCCCGACCUGGCACUUUGUGGUCAAGGCUCUCUUCUGAGACAGGUCUUCUUUGGUCCUCGUGGCACCGUUACGCCAGUCCACUCGGAUCCCUACGAGAACAUCUUUUGCCAGGUGGUGGGGGCAAAGUACCUCCGCCUUUUUCCUCCGGAGGAAGCGAGUCGACUUGCACCAAGAGAAGACGGUGAACUCAUGCAGAACAAUUCGCGCAUUGAGCCAGCAGAUCUUCUGGAGGGCGAGAAGAAUGGUGUGUACACCGACGGCCCGUUCCACAAGUUGACAGAAGCCUCGUUUCUGGAUGUGGUGCUGCAUCCUGGCGACUUACUCUACCUCCCGCGGGGCUGGUGGCACUAUGUGAAGAGCCUCUCAACGUCGAUUUCCGUUGCUUUUCACUUCACCUGA